AUGAAAGACCGGUUAAAUGAGCUGCGUGAAUUUGCCAGAUUACACAACCAACAGUUUUCUGAUAGUGAGGAUGAUGAAAAUUCACCCCGUGAUGUUCUCCUUUAUGAGACUGAUUAUGCCUUGGAAAUUCUUCAUAAAGACAUACAGAACAUCCGGACAGAAAAUGACCACCUAAAAGAGGAUGUCAAGCGGCUCAGAAAGCAAAACAGCCGCUUCCUUACUUCCAUGCGCCGUAUCAGUAGCAUCAAACGAGAUACUAAUUGUAUUGCCAGAGACAUCAAGGCCCGUGGAGAAAGCAUCCAUAGGAAACUCCAGAUAAUGAGAGAUUUCAGCGAGGAUGCAAUAACGAAAUACGGGGCUAUGUCUGUCAUUGCCAGGGUAGCGAAGAACCACUAUGUUGACCUCAUGCACGCCUUCCAGAAAGCUAUGUUUGAAUACAACGCAACAGAGAUGAACCAACGGGAGAACUGCAAAAUUCGAAUUCAGCGGCAGCUAGAGAUCAUGGGCAAGGAAGUUUCUGGCAACCAGAUUGAGGAGAUGAUUGAGCAAGGCAAGUGGGACGUCUUUUCUGAGAAUCUCUUGUCGGAUGUUAAGGGGGCUCGCUCAGCCUUGAAUGAGAUAGAGACACGUCAUAAGGAGCUGGUGAAGUUAGAAGGUCGCAUCAAGGAAGUUCAUGAGCUCUUUCUGCAGGUGGGCCUGCUAGUGGAGGAACAGGCGGACACCUUCGAUGUCAUUGAGAUAAAUAUGCAAAAUGUUGAGGACUAUGUAGGAGAUGCUAAAGAGCAAGUGAAAAAAGCUUUGGAAUAUAGAAGAAAACACCCCCUCAGAACAAUCCUCUGCUGCUGCUUAUCCUGUUGCAGAAAGUGA